GCGGGGCCUCGGCACCGCCCUGGCGGCCCUGGGAGCUGGGGCCCUGCUCCGAGCCGGUCCAGCGCAGCUGCGAGCUGUCUUCCUGCACACGGAGCACGAGCGGAGGAAGUCGAAGACGGUCACACAAGCCGACAUGAAGGUGGAAUUACUCCCAGCCCUCACAGACAACUACAUGUACCUCCUCAUCGAUGAGGAAACGAAGGAAGCUGCAAUAGUUGAUCCUGUGCAGCCCCAGAAGGUUUUGGAUGCAGUCAAAAAGCACGGCGUGAAGCUGACCACCGUCCUGACCACACAUCAUCACUGGGACCAUGCUGGAGGAAAUGAGAAGCUUGUAAAGAUGGAGACGGGGUUGCGCGUGUAUGGGGGAGACAGCAGAGUCGGAGCACUGACACAGAAAGUGUCUCACCUUACAUCACUCAAGGUGGGAUCUCUUAAUGUGAAAUGCCUCUGUACGCCUUGUCACACUUCUGGACACAUCUGUUAUUAUGUGACUAAGCCAAAUAGCUCCGAGCCACCUGCUGUUUUUACAGGUGACACACUGUUCGUGGCCGGUUGUGGGAAAUUCUUCGAGGGAACCCCGGAGGAAAUGUACAGAGCGCUGAUUGAGAUUUUGGGCAGCUUGGACCCCAAAACGAGAGUUUACUGCGGUCACGAAUACACGAUCAACAAUCUCAAGUUUGCUCGACACGUUGAACCCAAUAAUGUCACUAUCAAGGAAAAGCUUGCUUGGGCCAAGGCGAAGUAUGACAGUGGUGAGCCAACCAUACCCUCCACCAUUGCCGAAGAGUUUACGUACAACCCUUUCAUGCGAGUGAGGGAGAAGACAGUUCAGCAGCACGCUGGGGAGACUGACCCCAUCCGAACAAUGGGGGCCAUCAGAAAAGAGAAGGAUAACUUCCGAGUCCCGAAGGACUGAGCACUCUGCCUGGAUCACUUUAAUGUCAGUUUAAGUGUAAUUUAGACUAAUCAGAUGUUUUAGGAGUUGAACCUUCUGUUGUGGUUGAGACAGUCUUAUUUAGGUUUUUAUUUUGUUUUAAUUAAGGAAAAAAAAAGCACUUUGCCCUUGUUGAGAUGUUCUACAGCAUAUUUAUAUUAUCAUGAAGAAUAUUUAUCCUUCUAUUGCUGGCUCUCAAACUGUCACGUGUGUCACACGCAGAUCAUUUUACAAGUGUUGGUACGUGGCUCAGAGUGUGGGGUGGGGAAGGGUCAAACCUUGAUGUCUAGGAAAAAGCUCUGUUAUUUUUGUAGGAGCCUGAUGCUAAUGCAGACAGUGGGACUGGGGCCCAAGUUGUCUUCAUUUAAAACAGAGACAAAAUGCAGUAAUGACAUCGCCGGCUGAAGAUUUGAACUUUUCUUCCAUGCCGCUACUUAAACUCUGAGUCUGUCGCUUCUGGCUCCACUAAAACCAGUUCUCAGUGACAGACCUGCUCUGCCACCGCCAGUGCAGGGCUUUUGUGAAAUAUGCGGGGUGGCCCGGCUCUGGGAAUGGCAGGCGGGGACUGUCCAGCUUUCCUCUUCUCUCUGACAUUCCUUGUCGUGGGCUGCAGUAACUUUUCCAGGCAGCAUGCUGGCUUAGAGAUUGCACUGUUGCUUAUACCCUUUCACUCUUAGCUUAAGCCUGUUUGCAUGUACCUGCUUACUGCUCUUAAGUGUGAUCUGUAUGUUACUUGUAUUAGUACCACACAAAGGACGAAGGGAUUUGUCUGCUGGUUCAAAAUCCUGAGAAGAACUUACCUAGUGACUAACUGCGUGUCUAACACCGACAAGAUCCUCCAACAGAUGCCUUGCUGCCGAUAGCCAGAGCAGCUGCUUUGUACCUUGCUGUGAGUAACGUGGCAAACGAGCGUUUAUUAGCUGGGCGCUGUUCCCCAGCGAGAGAGCAACUGUUCUGGUGAGCACUGGCAGGAGCUGCGCUGAGCCUGGGAGCCUCUUUCUUGGUUGGUCCUUGGGGCUUAAAAGCCGUCUCUGUUCUUGGAGUAGUGCUGUAUGACCCCAGUCUGCAGCCAGCUUGAAAGCUGCGGGGAGGGCACUUCCCCUCGGGCUGGUUUUCUGAUGGGGGAAUAGUGUGUCAAAGUGGAUGAAUGGGAUAAACUUUGGGGGAAAAUAAAUCCAGAUUUUCAGGGAGGGGAUCACCCCCCUCCUGCACUUCCCAUCCUCCAGCUCAGUGUCUUUAAACAAGAGGGGUGGGGAUGAAGGGUGGUAGGACCCAGCCUUGCGGGCUUGGCGUCUGCGUCUGUAAUGCAUCUUCCUCCUAGCUGUAUUUUCUUCCUUGUUCCUUGGUCUCAGCUGCAUACUGCAGAUCUGCUCAAGUACAAGAGAUUUUCAAACAAAUGUUUCACAGCUGAAACUAACAAAAGAUUCAAACGAUUUUGGUUCCAGUUUCUCCCCCUCUUCCCAGUGCGUGUUGGUACGUAAUGCCACGACGGAGUCCGUAACCGCCUGGGUGUCACCGCUGUAACUUUGGUCUGCUGUUCCAACCAACACGCUGAAUGGCAGUGUAUGAGCGGGAUUUGGUGUAGCACCAUUUCUUUAUUUGCUUUAAAAAGGUAAAUUUUAUGUAGUUCAGAAAGAAAAGUGGUACCUAAAACUUUACUGCCUCCUUAACUUGAAUGCUGUGCUGCUGCAACGGAGCGUGACUGUACUGAGGGCUGUUGGACAAAUGAGCAAAUAAAUAAUAGCUGUAAACAGAG